AGCUAACAUCAAACUAUACUAUCACAAGAAAAAAAACUUAUAUUCACUGAUAUCAUAUCCAAAUUCCGGUGGUCAUGGCAUCAGUUGAUCACACCCAAGAGGCACCACUAAAGUCGGAAGGACCACCGCCGGAAUACAAGACUGGUACCGGUCUAUUAGCUGAUGUGGUCUUAAGGGUGUUGCUAUUUGCAACAGGCUUGGUUGCUGUCAUUAUAAUGGUCACUUCUAAACAAACCAAACUGAUUCCUUUUGCACCCGGUUUCCUAAUAUCUAGAGAUGCAAAGUUCAAUUACUCCCCAGCUUUCAUAUAUUUUGUGGCAGCACUCUCUGUGGCUACCUUAUAUAGCAUCAUCACUGGUGUGUUAUCGGUUUUCGCAUUGAUAAGUUCCGGAGGAGUUUCUACUAAGAUGCAAUUUCAUUUUGUGAUGUUUGAUGCUCUGUUAUUGGGUGUUGUGGCUGCGGCAACAGGUGCAUCAGGAGGAGUAGGAUAUAUAGGACUCAAAGGUAACUCUCAUACCGGAUGGACCAAGAUAUGUGAUAGGUACCAUACGUAUUGUGUUCACUUUGGAGUGUCGAUUUUUUUGUCACUCGUAUCAUCCAUCGUGCUGCUAUUGCUCGUCUGGCUCUCCGUGUACACGCUAUCCAAGAAGAUUGCAAGGCGAUAGUUAAUUUGACCAACGAAUCUCACAUCUACCGGUUUAAGUAUACUAUUCGUUUUUCCUGUAUGAAACUCUAUUUAAUUUGUAUAUGUUUUUCUUUGUAUUAUUUGUCAAAAUUGUAUGGGUUGAUUUGAA